GGCGUGAGUGCUCGCCGACCGCCGCGGCCGUAAACAAGGUUCCACAACACGGCUCCUAGAAUAAAUGUAUACUGUAGCCGAGAGUCACACAAGUUGAAUAUAUUUUACAUUUAGUUUGCCGCGAGUAAGUGCUUUGGACUGCCGUCGCGUCUCAAUGGCGCAUCGCACUCGAUACAGUUAGCACAACAUACCAAAGGAAUAAAAACAUUACAAUACCAUACACUCACGGUACAAACCUUAUACAACACAAUGGACUAUAUCUAAAUUUUAAUAUUCAAAUACUAAGACCCGUGCUCAGUGUAUUAUAAUAGUGAAUAGGUGAAAAAUACCUACCUGGAAUUGUAAAAAUUAUUGAAGUGAUGGAGGCCGUGUGUGUUCGCGGCGAUGGGAGGUGCCAAGCGUACGCCUUAGCUGCAGCACUGCACUCGCUCAAUCUGUACUGUGCUGCAAUAUUCACUGCUCUCAUUUGCUGCUGUGGCCGAAAACGACCAGCCCGGGCACCAAGCCGCUGGCGAUGCCAAAAUGUUCGUGGCAUUACGAGCAUCGUUCUUGGCGUGGUGUGGUGCUGCGGUGCAGCGGCGGCUUCUCUACGGCCCGCUGACACCGUCUACUUGGUCGCAUCACUAAUGGCACCGCUUUCCUGGCUCGCAGCAGCUGCAUUCCACGUGUCUCUAUGGACAAGACGCUCGCUCGCGCCUACUCUUUAUCUAGCAGUCUAUUGGUUUCUUACAACUUUAUCAUCUGCGGCCUUACUCUUCGAACAUUCGAAAAGAGAAUCAUUUGAGACUCAUGUAGAAGUCUACAUUCAAGGUCUUACCCUGAUCUGUGCCAUAGUAAUGGGUGGUGCUGAUUGUUUAUGUUUUUAUGACGAGGUAGCCAAAUACACACCGACAAAACACAACCAAAAGUCACCAAACGAUUCAGGUGUGAUAUAUAAAUAUAACGAAACCCAUUUCUAUGGUAAAAUUACAUUUUUCUGGCUCAAUUCAUUAUUGUACAAAGGUUGCGACAUUCCCCUUGAAACGGAUGAUUUAGGACCACUGCCAGAUGAAGAAAAAUCGAAAACAUGUUAUGAAAAGUUUGAACAAAAUUACAGCAAUAAAUACACGAGAAAAUCUAGUUUGUGGAAAACUUUCGUCCUAACCGUGUGGCCGAACUUCUAUAUUGCCGGAAUCCUUAAAUUGUUCGGCGAUUUGAUGGGCGUUAUAGCACCUCUAGGCCUUGGUAUAAUAAUACAGUUUAUGGACAAAGAACAAACACAAAUUGGAGACGAUCCAGAUGUCAGCAUAGAUGAAUUUUUCGACAACGGUUAUGCUAUGUUAAUGGUGGUAACACUUUCACUUAUUCUUCAGGCUCUAUUAUCUCAAAAUUCAACCCAUCUACUGACAGUUGAAGGCACCAAACUAAAAUCGUCUUUACAGAAUAUGGUGUUCGAUAAAUGUAUGAGACUAGCGUCAUGGUCAUCAGACGUAGUUGAAACAGAUGAAUUGUCUCCACUUUUACAAGCUCCAAAAAGCGAAGAAUCAUCACAAACUGGAAUGCUUAUGAAUUUGGUAUCACAGGACACUUACAACAUAAUGUCGUGUGUAUGGAUUUGUCAUUACACAUGGGCUAUCCCAUUAAAGAUUUCUGUUAUUUUAUACUUAUUAUAUACAAAACUGGGAGUGAGUGCAAUAAUAGGAGCAGCCACCAGCAUCAUAGUAAUUACACCAUUACAAUUUUACCUCGGAAAAAAAAUAUCGGACAACUCCAGAAAUAUAUCUAAAUGCACCGACCAUAGGGUUUCUAAAAUGUCUGAGAUUUUACAAGGGAUGAAUGUCAUUAAAUUAUAUGUUUGGGAAGAUUUGUUUAAUGAGAAAAUAUUGCAACUGAGGGAAGUUGAAUUGAAACAUCUCAAUAGGGAUUCGAUAUGUUGGGGCCUCUUAACAUUUACGACACAAUGUUCUUCAGUAUUAGUAACAAUAGUAACAUUUACGAUGCAUUAUUUCCUGGGGAAGACAAAUCACCUAACAACUGUGAAUGUAUUCGCUGGUCUGGCAUUGUUUAAUCAGCUAACAAUUCCACUACUUAUCUUACCAGUAACAGUUCUCAUGGUUAUACAGGCAUUGGUUAGUACGAAAAGAAUUCGAGAUUUUUUGGAUCUACCAGAAUCUAAGAACAAUCAAAUAGAUAAAAAUUAUAGUACUAAAUGUCGAGAGUUGGAUGAAGGAUUAAUUAUAGAUCCAAAAGACAAAAUAUUUAUAGAUGAUGCAAAUGAUGCUGAAAUAAAUGAUACAUUCCCUGAAGAUGGUACAAUGCAAAGUCAGGACUAUCUAAUUAAAUACAGAAAUGCAGCUUUUUCCUGGGGUAUUAAAGAUAAUUUAUGGCUGGAAAUUGAAGACUUGGAUAUACCGGCAGGAAAAUUGAUUAUGGUAGUGGGGUCAUCAGGAUCUGGCAAAACUUCAUUACUCGCAGCUAUGGUCGGAGAAAUGCAAUAUGAACGCGGACACAUAGACAACUGUAACGGGUAUUUUUCGUCAUGGUAUGCGGGUCAACCACCGUGGCUCCUGGAUUGGUCAAUCCGUGAUAAUAUCCUCAUGAAAAGUCCUUGGUGUGCGACUAGAUAUGCUAAAGUCGUUCGAGCUACUGGUCUUAGGCCUGACUUACAGCUUUUGCCCGAUGGCGAUGACACGGUUUUAGGAAGUUAUGGAAGCCCGCUGUCGGGAGGCCAACGGGUGCGUGUAUGCAUUGCCCGCGCUCUGUACUCCCAAGCACAACUUAUUGCCCUCGACGAGCCGUUGGGUGCCCUGGACGCACCUCUAGCGCGUCACGUCGUCGCACGUGCACUGUUGCCGGCCGCGAGAUCUGGCCGCACUAUACUCCUUGCUACCAGUAGAUUGGAAUUGCUUCACUAUGCAGACUUUGUAAUCGUGAUGGAGGGUGGUCGUGUGAGCUGCGUGGGACGUCCCGGGGUAUGUGAGGGCGCACUAAACCAGUGGUGGUCGCUAGCGGGCGAGGCGCGCGCGGCCGCAGCGCGGAGCGGCGCCGGCCCGCCAGGGGGGACUGCGCAAGAGCGAUCGCUUCUCAUUCGUUCGCUCUCUAGAAACAACUAUCAGAGGAGCGUCUCGGAGGACAACAUUAUUGCAGUAAGCGAGGCGACUGGAGCUCACUUGCUGGCGGAAGUGUCAAUGUGCACAGGUGGCACUUGGAGGAGAACCUCACGAAAAACUCGAACACCUCUUGAGAGACAACUCUCAUCUCCCCCAACAUCCGCACACAAUCAUAAAUUGCGUCGCGAAGUUCGCCGCUCGGUUAGCGCAGACGCAACGAACGGAGCUUUGCAACGGGAUGGAAGUUUAUUAAGACGGAUUCUACGGCCACCAAGCCAACGUGCACUAAUAAGAUGGACACCGAGGACGUUACGUCGUUUAAUCAGUUCUGAUUCAGACACAAAUGUGGAAAUUGGAUGUAAAGGUACAACAGAUGACAGUACAUUUGAUGCCACUUUUACAACAAUAACUUCAAACGGUGUAGAAUCUAAUGCUGCGAGCGACUCUCGGCCGUCGAAAGCUGAACCGGAGAUAUUACGCAAUGAGAGUGCAAUAUGGAAAGAGUAUCUAAUGUGUUGUGGCUGGUGGGGUGUUAUGUACUGCGUUGCGGCGGCGGCCGGGCAGGGCCUCGCGGUGGCCGCCGAUUGCUGGCUGUCCCGCCUUGCUGAGAACAAUACGCGCCAACCACUUAGUGACAAUCAGAUGUGGGACAUGGUACAAAUGUACGCAGGCUGGUGUGCUUGCGGUGUGUGUGCAGGCGGGUUUGCCCAAGCGGCAUGCGCAAGCGCGGGUGCGGCCGCACGCAGAAUGUUACACGACAAGCUUCUACGAGCUACUUUAAACGCUCCUUUACAUCACCACCACGCUACACCGCAAGGCGCUUAUAUCCACCGAUUUUCAAAUGAUAUUUCAGUUGUUGAUAAGAAGUUGCCGACUGCAGUAAGUCGUUGGACUCAGCUGGCUCUGCUUUGCGGAGCGGCCUUCCUCGUGAAUAUCAUUCUGUCUCCAUGGACACUGUUGGUUUUAUUACCUGCUUUGUUAUUUUUCAUCGCGUUGCAAUCUGUAUAUCUCAAGAAUGCCAGUGAACUACAAAAUAUCGAAGCAAACAGCGCAGCUGGUGUAGUAACAUUAACCGCACAAACUAGUACAGGAGCGGCCACUGUGCGAGCGGGACAACUACAAACUAGAUUACGAGAUGUUUUCCAAAACAGAGUUGAUAUCAAUCAUAACGCCUUGCUACUGCUUAAUGCAUCCAAUCGUUGGCUUGGACUCGGACUCGAUCUAGUUGGUGCUUGUACUGUGUUUACUUCAUUAUCUGUGGCGCUCUACAGCGGGAGUGCGGGAGCAGUGGCGGGUUUGGCGGGCACUUAUGCUCUAAUAUUACCAAUAUACCUCGCCCAUUUGGCUAAGUGUCGAGCGGAUCUACACUUACAACUCGCAUCUCUUGAACGAAUAAUUACCGAUAUUAAUGUGCCCCAAGAAGACUACAGGGAUGAUUGUCCGAUACCGGCUGGGUGGCAACGGAACGGGAAAAUAGAAUUUCAAGAAGUUAGCGUUCAACAACGACCAAACGGACCUACAAUUCUAAAGAACAUAAAUGUCACUGUUAAACCUGGCCAAAAGAUCGCUGUGUGUGGUCGCAGUGGCAGCGGAAAGUCAACUUUAUUAUUGACUUGCACAGGUGCAACGACCAUACAAAGUGGUCGGGUGCUCAUCGACGGGCAGGAUAUCACUCGCAUUCCCUUAAAACCAUUACGUCAUCGCAUUGUAGUAUUACCACAAGAAACGACUAUGUUCUCUGGGACAUUGCGGGAGAAUUUAGAUCCGCUAGCUGUGCACACAGACGAAGAAAUAUGGCAAUGCCUGAAAGCGGUCGGUCUCUACGAUUUUGUUACAGCCCAGUCUGCAGGGCUAGAAUGUUCCAUAAGCAAGCACAGCGGGUGGGCGGGCGGCCGCGGCGGGCGCGUGUGCGCGGCGCGCGCGGCGCUGCACGCGCGCCCGGCGGCCGCGCUGCUGCUGGACGAGCCGGCCGCCGCGCUGGACGCGCCCGCGCAGCGCGUGCUGCUGCGCGCGCUGGCUACGCUCGCACCCCAUACCACUAUUAUUACUGUUGCGCAUCGUAUAUCAUCAGUACGUGAAUACGAUAGCAGUAUAAUCCUUGAAGACGGUCGCAUUGUAGAACGAGGAGACAUCAACGCUCUUCUUUCCGAGCCCUUCAGUAAACUGUCGCGCAUGCUCACUGCACCCAACUAUGUUGUGUAAUCGGCAUCAUAACAAAUUAUGUAUGAUUCUCUAACAAAUUUGAUAUAGAACAUGUAGCAAGGUGCUCCACAAUCCAUCCAAUAAUCCAAUCCACAAUGGAUUUAAUUGAAUAUAUUUCAAUACUAACACAAUAUUAUGUGUGGAACUUGAUAUUAAAAUCAAUAUUAUAAUGUAAAUGCUUAUUGUAGUUUACGUAAUUUAUAAUUGAAACUGUAUUACUAAAAUUCAAUAAUAUAACAUAAUAUUAAAUGAUAAGACUGAUAUUAUGUCAUAAGCCAGUUCACUAGCAAACUAAUAUGACAACACCAAAUGUGUAGCAUUAGCAAUAACUUUUGACGAUUUACCUUUGUUGCAUUUGCGGGGUGAAUGUUGAUAAUAAACGAUUAAAACAA